ACGGGGGACAAUCUACGUCAUAGGUUGCAAAGACGUUUUCGACCGUCCGGAGGGACAAUUUCGAUGGUCGCGGAGAUUGAUUCGACGGUUGCAAAGGCAAAUUCGACAAUUACACAGAAAAAUUCGACGGUUACACAGAAAAAUUCGACGGUUACACAGAAAAAUUCGACGGUUACACAGACAAAUUCGGUUUGCGGAGACAAAUUCGACGGUCGGGGAGAAAACUCCGGUACUGAAGGGCCGUCCAGUGAGCGUUUUUGGUACCAGAGGCGAGAAAUGCCUCGUCGGCUCAGAUUAACUAUCUAUCCCCGCAAGGGUGGUAAAGGCAAAGUGAAAACAAAGGCCAAAGUUCAAGGUGCCCCUGCAUCUGAUGAGGCUGAAUGGCAUACAGAUGAAGAAGAUGCCAUGUUUCAAGAUCUAGAGUACACUGCAAGGAGUCCUCUUUGCCAGGGAGAAAAGAGAUGCAGAUCUGUGUCAUCUACUCCGAGAAGGAUAUUAAAAUGGGGUAAGCACCGUCCUUAUGAAAAGGGUAGUAGGAAAACAUACAGCAAACCUCAAAGUACUUCAACAUUUGAAGAUGAAUGGCAAACAGAUGAAGAAGAAGACACCACCUUUGAGGAAAACAGUGCAAGUCCAUUUGCUGCAAAAGGGAGAGUCAAACUUCCAAGGUCCACCCCAAAAAGGAGUUCAAGAGCAAAACGAGGUUUCAAACAUAGUCAAGUGUCUCCUAACCCACAAGGCAGUGUAAGGAAGCGGAUAAGAUUUGGUACGCCAAAAAAAUCAGAUGCUUGGAACACAGCCAUGUGUGAAGGAAUGACAAAGACAAAAGACGAGUACACGCAAGUUUCAGCUGGUGAUUUUCUGGACUUGGACCAAGAUGACUCAUCAAGGAUUGACAAGACUGUUCAAGAGAUGAUUGACCUGUUACCGAGAGUACUGGUGGAACUAAGGGACCUAGACUCAAGUAAACAAGAUAUUCUGCUACGAUUUUGCCACUUGGUGGAAGCUGCUUCCAUGUCUGUCUGCAACCCUGUCUGCCUGCUUCUAUGUCUGUCUGCUUCUCCGUCUGAAUCCCUGUCUGACUGCUAUCUAUCGGUCGGCCGCAAGGCGGGCGACUGCAAGUCUCCAUUGUUUCUUGUCGGCAGCCAGGGUUUUGAUCUGCCCCGGUGUAAGUAG